GCUUCCUUGUCGCCCCUCUUUUUUCCUUUGUUUGUUUCCCUCCAGAGGGCCAUGAUAUGAUGACAUGUAUACACACACGCAUGCAUGCCCACAUCCACAUACCAUCCGCACAUUUACGCAACACAUUCAGUGCUACACCUCCCCUACUACACCUCCUCUACUACAUGUGUCUAUCGAGAGGCAAAGAAGGGAGAUGCUGGCGCCUGCUGUCUAUGCAUCGGCCGGUUCUUUGUGCCCUACUUGGUGCUUGGUCUUUCUACUCACCCGGCUGUCUGCCAUUUGUCUUUGUCUCAGUAAAGGAACGGAAUAGAAGCGAGACCAAUGCGACCAAUCGCAUCAAAGAUAUCCUCCUCGAGUCCACCACGCCCAGACUCAUCGGCCAGGCACCACCACCGCCACCGCCACCGCACUUCGCGCCGCACACAACAAGGACACAGGCCGCCACCCUUGUCGUCAUCACCGUCACUAUCCUCACCAUUAUCAGUAAUAUCGCCCUAUCCCGCUUCCUCUUCGUCUGCAUCCCCGCACAGCAUGCAUUCCGCCCAGCUCCUCGGCCGCCACCAGGACCCCAUCUCCUCUCUACGCUCAGUCCUGUCGUCUCUCCUGUCGACUGCAUCUUCCAACAUUGGGUCCGCCAAUCAGUCCUUCUCGAAACAGCAUUCUCGCAGGAAGCACCUCAGGAGUAA